AUGUGGUAUCAAUUUCUCCGCAAGGGGCUAGAUACGCGUUUCAGGUUCGGCAACAAUUUUGCGAGAUUGGGAAAAAUUGAUUCCACUAAGAAAGAGAUUACAUAUCUACGCCCGGAAGCUAGUUGGAGAAAGAUGCUCCUCAAGCAACCAUCAACGUCAAACGUUUCAUUCACUAAUGGGGUCGACCGCAAUGGCUAUACUACCUUCACCGAUUAUCAUCGCGCGAAAUGGAAGCCCGAUCGGGAUUAUAUUCGUAUUAAGAAUCUGGAGUUUCUAAUCGACUCAGGGACUUUAACGCCUGGCCUAUAUCCUCUCUAUUUCUGGGCGAACCCAGACGCUAUGUUUGAGACCAGUUUCAAAGAUCAAAUCUAUGAAAAGCCGUAUAUUAACACGCAUUUGAUCGAAUAUGAUUUUGCUAUCAAUGUCCAUUUCACGGACAUUGGGUUCUCAUGUUGGCAUUACAAUGACUUGAUUUCCACGACUCCACUCACAACCAAGGCGUGGAUGCAUUCCAAAGAUGUCAAGCUUUAUCUUACGAACUCGAUGAAGGCUUCUAUCUUCGAUUAA